AUGAUACUGUUUGUAAACUUUAUAAUGUGUUCCCAAACUACAAAUAUGUUACUACAAACUAAUGAAUGUAAAGAUUCCUUUUUUAAUUUAGAUGAAAAAUUUCCAAAAGAUGAAGAUGCUAUAAUUGAAAAGAAAAAAUACAACGACACAUGCUUUUCGGGUAGUUCAAAUUUGGAAUGUAAAUGGUCCACAAAAACUACUCUACCAAAAAUUGAACCUAUGACAGAACGUGAAGAAGAUAAUUUUGAAUUAUUAUCAUUGUAUAAUUUUAUUGAUGAAAUUGAAUGUCAUUCUCGCGAUGUUUAUUCUUUUGAUGACCCAAAAGAUAUUAAUCAUGAGGAUAACUUGUAUUUAUCUGAUAGUUACAAUGAUUUAUUAUCUAUUCAUGAUGACAGUAGUAUUUUUGAUUUUAUCAGUAAUUUAUUUGAUGACUUUUUAGUCCAUCAUCAAAAAUUUAAUUUAUGUUCGACUGAAGAAAUGCCAAAUCAGUCAUCAUUUACAUUUAACAAUAAUGUAUCUGACGAAAAACGAGCCAGUCAGACAAAUUCCGGGCUUCAAAAUUCUAGAAAAUCACAAAGAGUUUUAAAUAAAAAACAGAAUAUAAAAUAUAAUCUCAAAUUAAAUUAUAAUACAAUUUUAAAUAAAGACAAAGACGUUGUUAUUUAUAAAAAAUUGCAAAAUUAUUUAGAACAAAAGAAAAAAGAAUUUCAAAAAGUUUUAAACUUUUGUUCGAUGCCUAGAAUUCGUGAUUGUUCAGUUAAAAUAUAUAAAAAUUAUAACUUUAAAAAGGAAAAUUACUUUACAUGGUCAAUUGCUGCAAAAGAAUGGAAGGUUAGUACUUCACUUAUUAAAAGUAUUGUGUUUCAUGAUAUCUCUAAUGCUCUCAAAGAAAGCCAACAAUUAAAUAUUUCAGAAAACUUUAACUAUCUAGUAGCAGAAUAUUUACUAUUUAUUGAGGAUGUUUUAAUUUAUAUGUGCAAUAUUGAGUGUAGACGAAAAAACAAUAAAAGUGAAUCAAGAUCUAUGCUUCAAGAUGUUAUAUUUGCAAAACGUAAAUAUAUUAUUUUAUUUUAUAAAAUUAGUCUUCCUAAUAUUAUAAGAAAAUUUAUUGGAGAAUACGAGACCACAAUUUUAAGAACUAAAAUAUCAAAGCUAACAAAACUUAAGAAUUUAGAAAAAAAGAUUAAAAAGCUUUACGAUAAAAAAGAAAUACAUUUAUACUGGCUAAAUCAGAUGGAAAAUGCGAUAUUAGCAUCUUUAUAA